AGUGGAGGCGAGCCUGUAUGUGUAGACAUAGAUCCACCCAAGAUCCGUUGUCCUCACUCACGUGAGAAGAUGGCAGAGCCAGAGAAACUAACUGCUCGAGUAUACUGGGACCCUCCCGUGGUAAAAGAUUCUGCUGAUGGUACCAUCACCAGGGUGACACUUCGGGGCCCAGAGCCUGGUUCUCACUUCCCUGAAGGAGAGCAUGUGAUUCGUUACACUGCCUAUGACCGUGCCUACAACCGGGCCAGCUGCAAGUUCAUUGUAAAAGUACAAGUGAGACGCUGUCCAAUUCUGAAACCACCACAGCAUGGCUACCUCACCUGCACCUCCGCAGGGGACAACUAUGGUGCCACCUGUGAAUACCACUGUGAUGGUGGUUAUGAACGCGAGGGCACCCCAUCCAGAGUCUGCCAGUCAAGUCGACAGUGGUCAGGAUCACCGCCUAUCUGUACUCGUAUGAAGAUUAAUGUCAAUGUCAACUCAGCUGCUGGCCUCCUGGAUCAGUUCUUUGAGAAACAGCGACUCCUCAUAGUCUCAGCUCCUGAUCCCUCCAAUCGAUACUACAAAAUGCAGAUAUCCAUGCUGCAGCAAUCCACCUGUGGAUUGGACCUGAGGCAUGUGACCAUUAUUGAGCUGGUGGGGCAGCCACCUCAGGAGGUGGGACGCAUACGGGAGCAACAACUGUCAGCCAGCAUCAUUGAGGAGCUCAGGCAAUUCCAACGCCUCACUCGUUCCUACUUCAACAUGGUGUUAAUUGACAAGCAGGGUAUUGACCGGGAACGCUACAUGGAACCUGUCACCCCUGAGGAAAUCUUCACAUUCAUCGAUGACUACCUGUUGAGCAACCAGGAGCUGGCACAACGCCGG